GUCUCAUUGAUGGUUAUGCAGAUGAAAAAGCAUUUCUGGAAAAACAACUCCAGGAAAAAAUAGAUGUAAUUGACCAUCUUGAGCAAGAACUAUUGUGUACAGGUAACAAAUUGCAGGAGUUAGAGGCUGAACAGCAGCAGAUCCAGGAAGAAAAGGAGUUACUCUCCAGGCAGAAGGACGCCAUGAGAGCGGAAGCCGGGCCAGUAGAGCAGCAAUUGCUGGAGGAAACAGAAAAGCUAAUGAAAGAAAAAAUUGAAGUACAACGUCAAGCUGAAAAAGAGUAUGAUGACCUUCAGAAGCAAGUGAAAGUCUUGGAAAUAGACUUGGAAGAACAGGUCAAUCGUUUCAUAGAGCUAGAGCAGGAAAAAAAUGCAGAACUGAUGGACUUAAGGCAGCAAAACCAGGCUUUGGAGAAGCAACUUGAGAAAACAAGAAAAUUUCUAGAUGAGCAAGCAAUUGACCGAGAGCAUGAGAGAGAUGUAUUCCAGCAAGAGAUACAGAAGCUGGAACAACAGCUUAAGAUUCCACAAAGGAGUCAGCCUGUUAAUGAACAUCAAACCAGAGAGGUUGAACAGUUAACAAAUCAUCUAAAAGAAAAAACAGACAAAUGUAGUGAGCUUUUGCUCUCUAAGGAGCAACUUCAGAGAGAUAUACAAGAACGAAAUGAAGAAAUUGAGAAACUAGAAUGCAGGAUAAGAGAACUGGAACAAGCCUUAAUCAUCAGUGCAGACAGCUUGCAAAAGGUGGAGGAAAGGAAACAGUUUGGCACCAUCAUAGUAAAGGGAGAAUUACCUCUUGAAGUACAACUGCAAGCUGAACGAGAAGCUGUGGACAGAAAGGAAAAGGAGGUCACAAACCUUGAGGAACAACUGGAGCAGUUUCGAGAGGAACUAGAAAACAAAAAUGAAGAAGUGCAGCAAUUGCACAUGCAACUGGAAAUUGAGCGAAAGGAGUCCACUACACACCUGCAAGAACUUGAAAAAGAGAACAAAUUAUUUAAGGAUGAAAUGGAAAUACUGGGACUAGCUAUCCAGAAAUCUGAAGAUGCCACCAUAAAGGACCAUCAUUUAGUGGCUGGGAAGCUGGCUCACAUCAUGCAAGAAAAGGAGCAGGAAAUAGAUCAUCUUCAUGACCAAAUUGCGAAACUGCAAGAGCAACUUGACAUCACAACUGACAACAAAGUUAUUGAAGAGCAAUAUGAGCAUAUACGGGAGCUUGAAGCCCAGGUAGAAUAUCUGAAAAGUGAUCAAGAACGUGUGAAGAAAAAAAAUGAUGAGGAAGUAGAGCAGUUGAAUGACGUAAUUGAUAAGCUUCAGCAAGAAUUGUCAAACAUUGAACAAAAAGUACCUGCAGACAUUGCUGCAUUUCAGGAAGAUGCUGACAGUCUGAAACACACACUUGAAACAGUUCUGGCAGAAAAAGAAGCUUUGGAGAAGCAAGUAGAAAACAUGAGUGUAGAGGUAUCUCAAACAAGGAAUGAGCUGGAGGAAACAAACUUAAAAAUGAACCAGCUAAAGCAAGAAAUAAGUGUGUUAGAAAAAGAGCACAAAAGAAUGACAGAGAAGUAUAAGUGUUCACUGAUGGAAGGUGAUAGGGAACAAUCAAAAGACAGGAGCAAUGGGAAGAUUGAACAAAUGGAAGGAGGCUCAUGUGAGAAGAUAGAGGUGCCAGAUCAAACGCAGCUUUGGUCUUCAGAUGAAAGUACAAGAAUCACCAUGAGCAGAAUGGAGGUACAACUGCAGCAACUUCAGGCAUGCAUUAAGGAAAAAGAUUCAGAACUGUGCUGGUCCUACAAUGAAAUAAAAGACCUGAAAGAACAAGGCAAAGCUGAAAGAGAAACACUUAACAAGAAGAUAUUAGAACUGGAAAAGACCCUAGUGGAAAAAGUUGCUGCUGCUCUUGUAAGUCAGGUUCAACUAAAUGCUGUCCAAGAGCAAAGGAAACUUAUGCAUCAGGAAACAUCAAAAUGUGUGGAGGAAGCAAGCAAGAAUGCCCAAACAGAGGGUUUGAAUGAUAGAGUUGAAAAUGAGACAGAAUCAAAAUUAUCACUCUUAAUACAGAGGCUUAGCGAGAUGGAGGAACAACUGGCAAUGGUAAAUCGUAACUUGGAGCUAGAAAAAGAAAAUCUAAAAAUUGUACAAAAGGAAGCUAAAUUGAAAGGAGAGAGACUCCUAGAACUUCAGCAAUUACUAGAAGAGGUUCAAGAAAAACACAAAGGAGAGAUUCAGAAAUAUAUUAAGAAAGAAGAAAAGCAGACACAUCAGGUAGCAGCACAACUCAUGGAAAGUCAAAAAGAAAAUGUGCUUAUUACUGAACUUGAACUACAGCAAGUUAAGGAAGAAGCAGCUGGCGCUAAGGAAGAACUGAGCAGUUACAGAGAAAAGGCAGAAAAACUUCAGCAAGAACUAGCAGUAAAAGAAGCAAGUCUGAUACAUCUUCAGGAAGACCUGUGCAAAGUCAAAGAGAACCUAGCUCAAGCAGAAGAAAGCCUUUCAAGUUAUGUGAGAAAGGAUAAGGAAACGGCAAAAACUGAAAGCAAAAAGGAUGCAGAAAUAUUGUGUGAUUUGUCAGCCAGUGAAUCUACUCUAAUUAGAAAAAGCUCAUCAUCACAAACAGACAAAGCUGUGGAAAUCAACAGCUGUAUCCAGACUUCACCAGCCCUUGUUAAAAAUGCAGAAAUCCAAAUCGAUUUGCAAAAUGGAGGUUAUUCAGAAGAGAUUGCAGAGAUCAUACGACAAUUUACUGAAAAAAUUGAACAAAUGCAAGAACUUCACGCUGAUGAAAUCAUGGACAUGGAGACAAGACACAUCUCUGAAUCUGAAGCAUUAAAGAGAGAGAAGUUUGUGGCAGUGCAAGUAUUGACUGAAGAAUGUAAUACUUUAAAGGCAGUCAUAGAAACUCUGCGAGCUAAAGAGGGAAUCCUAGUUUCUGGAAUAGCACGUUCUCCACCAUAUCAAGCUAGAGAUGGAGGUUCUAGUGAUUCCAGUUCAGACUGGAGUCAAGGAAUGUAUCUUACUCAGACUCAGGGAUCUGACACGAUAUCUGAAGGAAUAGAUGAAGGUGAAACUUCAACAGAUUUACUUCCAAAAGAAAUUAAGGGUUUGCUGAGAGCAGUCCAUCAUGAAGGCGUACAGGUGCUGUCUCUCACUGAAUGUGGUGAAAGAGAGAUGCCACAUCUUAAGCAAGAGCCAGAAUCUUGUCUUGAGGAAAGGAAAGCUUUUCUAAGCACCAUUUCAUCUUUGAAAGAUCUAAUUGCAAAAAUGCAACUUCAUAGAGAAGCUGAGCUUUAUGCAAGUACUGAGUCUCCUGAAGGUGUUUCAGACUGGCGAGGAGAACUUCUGCAUGCUAUUCAGCAGCUUUUUGUGAAAGAACAAAAUGUUCUUCUUGCUGCAUUUCAAACUGAACUUGCAGAACUGGGCACAAGCGAUGCAGUGAUAUUGAUGAAUCAGUUAGAGCACAGACUACAAGAGCAGGCUACUAACCAGAGAGCAGCAAUGGACUGUCUUCAGAAUGCAGACAGAAGAAGUUUGCUGAUGGAGAUUCAAGUAUUACAUGCUCAGAUGAACAGUAAGAAAAAUAAUCCAAAGAGAGAACAAGAGAUUGAUUCCAAAAGCCAAGAAAUGCUGGAGUAUAAUAUGCAGCAGAAGCAGUCACAGAUACUGGAGAUGCAAGUGGAGCUCCGGAGUGUGAAGGACAGAGCAGCUGAGCUUCAUGAACAGCUGAAUUCAGAGAGAAUGAGGAGUGCUGAGAUGAAGAAUGAACUUGCACAAGCUAAACUAGAGCUUGAAACAACCCUUAAAGCACAGCACAAGCACUUCAAGGACCUAGAAACCAUCAGGACUGAAGUUAAAGAAAAAGCAGCUGAGCUAGAUAUUCUCAAGGAUACAAUGGCCAGUGAACAGAAAAAAUCAAGAGAGCUACAGUGGGCUUUGGAAAAGGAAAAAGCUAAAAUGGAACGCAGUGAGGAAAGAGGAAGAGAAGAGCUUGAGGAUUUAAAAUUUUCACUUGAAGAUCAAAAACAAAAGAACUUACAGUUAACUAAACUGUUGGAGCAAGAGAAACAGCUUUCAACUGAUCUGCAACAGAAGGUUGAAUCCCAAGAAGCACUCACUGCUGCCCAGCUGUCACGUGAGCGAGGCCGUAAUUCUGAGUUGCAGGUGCUUCUUGAAUCAGAGAAGGUUCGAGCUCUUGAAAUAAGCAGUGCCCUAGAAAGGGAAAAAGAGCUGUGUGCUCAGCUUCAAAGUGCUGAAGAUAAGGGUCAAGCUGGAACACCUAAUCCAUGUGAGGAAUUACUUAAAGAGCUACAGAAACAAAUGGAUGAAAAGCAUGACCGUAUAGUGGAGUUAGUAAGUGAGAUGGAGAAGUAUAAACUGGAGUCUGUGCAAGUGAGAUUGCAAAUGGAAAAAGAGAGGCAGAUCCAGAGGAAAGCAUUACAAGCAGAACAAGAUGCAAACAUAAUAGCACAGAAGAAAGUCCAUGAACUGGAGUCCAAAGUAGAAGACCUUCAGUGGCAACUUGAAGAAAAGAAGCAAGAAGUUCAUAAAUUAGAGAAUGAAACAAAGAACUUGCAGGAAAUAAUCCAAGAACUACAGAAAAAAGAGCAGGAGAAUGAAGGAAGAAAGGAAGCCGAAACAACACCAAGCCACAAUCCAAAUGAGACUACCUGGGAUACGCCCAAUGACAGAACAAGAAAUUGGGUUCUCCAGCAAAAAAUGGAAGGAGCUGAGAUGAAUGAAUCAACCUAUCCCAUGCUGACGGGAGGAGGAGAUGUCCCUGCUGCUACUGGAAUUCUGGAAAAUGUCAGACAAAAGCUGCAAAACGCAUCUCCAAAGCUGAAGCAGUUGGCUCGGAAAGCUGCUAGCAGAUUACAGUUUGAAACAGCAGAUGAUCAAGACUUCAUAGCAAUACAAAAUGCUAUUGAAGAAGUUAUUUCAGAGCUGCAAAAACUGCCCGGAUUGUCCUGUCUGGAAGAGCUGAAGCUAGUGCUACCACCAGGGACUCCAUCUAGCUCAUUGACUGAGAGGCUGCUGAGACAAAAUGCUGAGCUGACGGGCUUUGUCAGCAGAUUGAGUGAAGAAAAGAAUAAUUUGAGGAAUGCCAUUAUGAAACUGGAGGAAGAACUGAGAAGAUACCAGCACAGAAAACCUUCUGGAGACUGUUCUUCUAGACACUCAUCGGAUGUUGGAGUUAAUAUUGAUACUCUUAUUGCCUCUGAGAAAGAGGUUUGGAACAGAGAAAAGCUGUCACUCCAGAAAUCUUUGAAGCAAGCUGAUGCAGAACUCUCCAAGCUGAGAGCAGAGCUCAGGAGCGAAGCUUUCCUCAGAGAACUGGGAUCAGAUUCUGAAAAUGCCGUUUUAAGGAGAAUUUAUGGCAAAUAUCUGCGAGCAGAGAGCUUUCGGAAAGCUCUCAUAUAUCAGAAAAAAUAUUUGCUGCUGUUACUAGGUGGCUUCCAGGAGUGUGAAGAAGCCACGCUGGCCCUCAUUGCACGAAUGGGUGGACAUCCUUCCUACACAGACCUCGAAGUCAUCACCCAUCAUUCAAAAAGCUUUACAAGAUUUCGCUCUGCAGUCAGAGUGUCCAUCGCAAUUUCAAGAAUGAAGUUCCUGGUUCGUCGAUGGCACAGAGUUACGGGUUCUGGUGUGCUAAGUAUCAAUAGGGAUGUGUUUAGCCAGAACACAGGUAAUGAAGUACGGCACGAUUCAUUCUCUGGUGGCAUGGAUCUUUAUGGAGAACAAAGGCAUUCCUACAGAUCCAGGUCAGACAUGGAGUCUCCUAGAUCUCCUGUAAACUUUCCACAUAAGUUCCACAGUAUGCAUUCUGAUUUAAACCCAGUCUCUUUCGCCUGUUCUCAGCUGCAAAACUAUGAUCCUGAAAGAGCUUUAACAGAUUACAUCAAUCGGCUGGAGGCACUACAGAGGCGACUGGGCAGCGUGCAGUCAGGUUCGACUUCAUACACUCAGUUGCACACUGGUAUGAGAAGGUAAUGAUACCCUUUCAACAUCCCCAUCACUGGCAGUGAUGUUAAUGGAUUGCCUUCUGUACAUCUGUGCUCUUUCUGUGCUUUUGUAUAAUGUGUAUAUUGUGGGACCAAUAUGAACACAGCUCUACGACUGUAUACAGUUCCAUCCUGGCACACCCACGCAGCCUGGAAUUUAUGUAUAUAGGCACUUCGUGUUCAUGAAAAAAAAAAAAAAACCCAAACCAAGAAAAACACCCCACCAUUAAAUUACAUGUAUAUUUAUGGAAUGCUAAUUUAAAUGAUUAACUUAUGAAGUGUGUGUUUAUCAAAAGGGUGCAAAAGAUGAAACUUGUGUAUUAAUGAAAUUGAACUACAUUCAGCAAAAUUUACUUGCACUUUUUCUGGCAAGGCUACUGAAGUUACAUGACUCUCGUACUAUUUGCUACUGGCAGUGCAGACAGAAUAUCACUUGUAGAGACCUAUUUUUGUAAUGGUAGAAGUUUUGAAUUUUAUGGGUAUUUUGUCAAAGUACUGAAAUAAAGAUGACUUCAUGCUUUUAA